CGACCAGACGACGGUACACGCGUUGCGUAUGUGAAUAACGAAGAUGACUUUCCGUUGGUCGCGGAUAAGGUUCGGCAACCGACCGCAGCGACAGGGACAGCACCACCGCCGCCACCGUCAGCAUCACAGGACUCCGCAAUUACCGUAAUAAUAAUAAUAACAACAACAACAACAACAACAACAACAAUAAUAUCGUGUCGUCCGCGCCUGAUAAUUCAAAUCUUCCUCUACAUAUACGUAUAUAAAUAUAUAUAUAUAUAUCCCUUCCGCGAUACCAACGACAAUACGCGUACACUGUUAAAAUACACGUGCGAUCGGUUUAUAUUCCGUCCGAUAUAUCGACGCGCGCGUGGCCGCGAUGCACUAUUACAUGCUGGCCGCGCUGCUCAACGCUGCCUUGGCGGCCGGUCAACGGAACGCGGUGUUCGCCGGCCGCCGACUGCAGCAGUGGCGACAGACCGGCGGCGGCGACCGGCCGAACUACCUGCAGAUGUUGACCGGCGGCGGCGGCGGCGGCGUGUUGCCCCGCAGGGUGUGGACGCGACAGGCGGACGGCCAACCGACCGCGACCGGCCGCAGGCGACGCCGCUUCCCGGCGGCCAAGGCGGGCCCGGUGAUGGGCCACUGGAGGGCCCUGCACGAUAAGCUGGACGUGCAGUCCAUGUGGCCCGGCACGGAAAAGUACGCGAACGAGCUCUACUUGCCGGCCACGACGGACGAUUAUAUCAGACAAGAAGGGUAUCCAGCGGAGAGGCACACGGUUAUCACGACAGACGGUUACAAUCUGACGCUACAUAGGAUACCAUACAGCCGAAACGAAGACCUAACGGCCCUCACGAGAAAGCCGGCAGUAUUGGUCCAACACGGCAUACUGUGCAGUUCUACGGACUGGGUGAUCGCAGGACCAAAUAGUAGUCUAGCGUUUAUACUGUCGGACGCGGGAUACGACGUAUGGCUUGCAAAUUCCAGGGGAAACACAUACUCCAGAAACCACGUGACCCUAGACCCGGCGAGGGAACCGGAAAAAUUUUGGGAUUUCAGCUGGCAUGAGAUGGGCACAAUCGACCUGCCUAACACGAUCGAUUACAUACUGGACAAGACAGGCGAACCGGACUUGAACUACGUGGGACACUCCAUGGGCACAGCCAUAUUUUACGUCCUGUGUUCAGAGAGACCAGAAUACCAAGAAAAAGUCCGGUCGAUGGCAGCCAUGGCGCCGAUCGCCUACCUAAACCACGUAAAGAGUCCGAUCAUGACGUUCUUGUCGUCCGUGGCGGACCCGUUGGCAUGGUUGUGCAACAGUCUGGGGUACUACGAGUUCAGGCCGAACGGCAAGAUUCUACUGUUCGCGGGUAAAGCGUUCUGUGAAGCCAACUCACUGGCAGAAGGUGUUUGCGAUAACUUAUUGUUUCUGUACGCUGGGUACGACUCGAAACGUCUGAUCAAAAGCAUUCUACCCAUAAUUUUGGCACACACUCCGGCCGGCGCAUCCGCACGUCAACUCACUCAUUUCGCUCAGCUCAUGAAACGCGAUCAAUGGUUCGGGCAGUACAACUACAACAAACAGAAAAACAUAGAAAAGUACGGACAACCCGAUCCGCCGGCCUACGACCUGACCGGCAUCACGGUGCCCAUAGCUCUGUAUCACGCGCAAAACGAUUGGCUGUCGUCGGUGGAGGACGUCAAAGUUUUGGCGGGUAGGCUCACAAACGUGGCCGAGAAAAAGAUCGUGCCAUUUCCGGAGUUCAAUCACUUGGACUUCCUGUGGGCGAACGACGUGAAAAACAUCGUUUACGACGACCUAAUCGGGUUCAUGAAGCGGUUUGACCGGAAAUACGCGGACGUAGCGUUACGGCCGUCGGCGGAAGUGGACGCGAACGUCGUGCACCCGGAUUUCAUCGUGCCCGACGUGGCGUAGGGAUAUACCGGAAGUUCUGCAAACCACGGACCCGUGAAGCAGUUUACGGGCGCGAUUCGAAAAAUCGAGUAUUUGAAUAAAAAUAAAAUCGCAAUACGCCAUCGACGGACUCUGGUAUGCGUGUAAAAACGUGAAGUAUCGUUAAGGCCGAAAAUAUUGAAUAGAAUACUGGCUAUAACCGCACAAAAAAUUUAAUUAUAAAAAUAUACUUAAUGUAGUUUUAUUAUAGUUUCGCUGAGAAAGUGCAUAAUAUACAUUUAUACCAAAA